AUGAUGCCAGGCGACCCGAGCCACUCAGAGAGAGACGAUGACCGGAUCCUGUACAACCUUAUCCAGAACAGGAACCAGACCCGCAGGGGCUCGCUGGUACCAGAGGAGGGACCCAGGGAGGGGGACAGGGAACACUUACUGCAUGACAACAGAGAGUUUGGGUCCCUAAGUGGGAGAAACAACCCACUGGGCACACACUGGUUCAAUCAACGUUCAAUUGACGUCUGUGUCCAGUGAGAGGUGGACAAAAAGGUGGAGAAAUCUGGGGAAAAGAGAGGCAGCGUGAAGUCAUGCUAGAUUGUCUGCUCUGUCUAAUAGGUUUUGCAGGGCAGCAUACAGCACUCUACCUCCAUCAGCCAGUAGAUGGUGCAUUGAAUGCCCUUUAGUAUAAUGUAGGCCUACAUUAUCCAACUGGGUACCAUGCCUGUCCUCCAUUGUUGUCACCUGUUUGUUGGGUGAAUGUGGUGUUAUCUCACAUCAGGCUUACUCUAGUUGAUUGACCUGUGUUUGUGGUGAUAGUUGUGUACUAGGUUAAUAUGUUUUGUGUGUAACCCUGCACCCUUUCCCUCUGUAGGCGCACCGGCGUCUGAGUGUGGACAUUGAGGGGAUGAGAGAUCUGCGUCGGGAGGUCAGGGACAAGUGGAAGAUGAUCCUGGAGAAUUUAGGUGAGAGAGUAGGAAUGGAAGGGUAAAAUGAGGGUGAUAGUGAACAAAUGGAAGUGUAACAUAAGGGUGAUAGAGAAUAAAUGGAAGGUUAAAAUGAGGGUGAUGGAGAACAAAUGGACGGGAAAAAUGAGGGUGAUAGAGAAUAAAUGGAAGGUUAAGAUGAGGGUGAUAGUGAACAAAUGGAAGGGUAACAUGAGGGUGAUAGAGAACAAUGGAAGGGUAACAUGAGGGUGAUAGAGAACCAUGGAAGGGUAACAUGAGGGUGAUAGAGAACAAUGGAAGGGUAACAUGAGGGUGAUAGAGAACAAUGGAAGGGUAACAUGAGGGUGAUAGAGAACAAAUGGAAGGGUAACAUGAGGGUGAUAGAGAACACUGGAAGGGUAACAUGAGGGUGAUAGAGAACAAUGGAAGGGUAACAUAAGGGUGAUAGAGAACAAUGGAAGGGUAACAUGAGGGUGAUAGAGAACAAUGGAAGGGUAACAUGAGGGUGAUAGAGAACAAUGGAAGUGUAGGAUGAGAGAAAGGGAAAAUGAAUAAAAUCUUGUCUCUGUAACCGUGAACUUUCAUUGGCUCAGGGUUCAUGGCGGAGGCGGAGUCUCUGCUGACGGUGUCUGCCAGUGCGUCAUAUGACCGUAUGAGGAAUGCCUCGGCGUCACGCACACUACUGCACACGCUCCACUCUGAGACAUCUAUCUUCAACACCCGGGAGGCCCCACCUGAGAGAUACCUCUUCAUCCUGGUGAGAACAGAAACUAACAGAGGAGAGAAACUGUGUAUUAUGGUUAUAACGUCUUCCCCUUCACUUCCUUCUCCAAAUCACUUCCUGUUUGAUGAUGAUGAUGAUGACUCUCUUUCUUCCUCUUCGGGUCUUUUCUCCUCUUCCUUCACUCUUGGUUUUUCACCCACUCCAUCUUCCUCUCACUUUCCCUCCUCUCUCCAUCUUCCUCUCUCUUUCCCUCCUCUCUCAUCUUCCUCCCUCUUCCCCUUCUCUCUCCUUUUCGUAUAGGAUCGUCUCAUAUACCUGGAUGCUGCUGAUGACUUCUUGGCGAAGGCUAGACGCUUCUACCCCAAGCGUGAUACUGAUGAUGAAGAUGAGGACAACCCGUUAGCCGUCAACCUGCCGUUGCUACUGGCCAGAGUGAACCGCACCAUGAACGGAGGAGGGAGCGAUGAUGAGGAUGAGAGGCUGGAUGAGGGAGAUGGGAGCGGAAGAGAAGAGGACAACUUCUAGACAGAACAGGUGCUGCAAUGACCUUCGACGGUAGACAGGGGGCAGUAGUUAGUUGUUUAUGUUGCAGAGUUGGGAGUAUACAGUACCAGGAUGUCUGAUUCUGAAUAUACUCUGUUGAAAAUACUCUCCCAAUUUGCACUAACACUAGGGGCU